AAAGAAAAACCAAACAACACAACAAGUAUCCCAAUUCCCAAAUCUCUUUUUACUGUCAAAUUAAUCACAUUUAGGACUUUAUUUCUUUGUCUAUUCAUUUUAAUAAAUUUAAUUUUCUAUUUUAUUCUAUUACACUCAACCAGAGAGAAGAAGCAGCAGAAAACAGUGAGAAGAAGAGCUUGGUGUUACCGUUGCUGUUGCGUGACGUGCCCCUUAUCUUGUUGGCACCAAAGGCCGAAACUUUGAAGAUAACAAGAGAGGCAAUGGCUAUUUGUGUUUCUGGGUCGCACACACUUUUCGUGAACAGUUCCAAUUUGAAGACUGUGGCGGUUCUGAGCAGAGAGAAGAAGAUGCGUGUGCAAUACGAUCUGAAGCAAGGGCAGAGUCGUAAUUUCCACGAGCUCCCCAGUGGUCUAAGCAUGGAGGUGAUUGUGCAAAAGGGUGCAAAAAAGAACACGAAUUUUGAGUACCCUCCUUUGGUUUUUGUUCAUGGAAGCUACCACGCUGCUUGGUGCUGGGCUGAACACUGGUUGCCCUUUUUUUCAUCUUCUGGCCACGAUUGCUAUGCUAUUAGCUUGUUAGGACAGGGUGAAAGUGAUUCACCUCCUGACUCUGUUGCCGGUACACUUCAGACACAUGCAAGAGAUGUUGCAGAUUUUAUCUGUCGAAAUAUUGGAUCACCACCUGUCUUGGUCGGACAUUCAUUUGGAGGACUUAUAAUUCAAUAUUAUAUUUCCAAUUUAGGAAGUGACGAACUCAAAGAUUUAUACCCAAAGCUUAAAGGAGCUGUCCUUGUUUGCUCUGUACCUCCUUCUGGUAAUAGUGGGAUAGUCUGGCGUUAUAUCUUUUCCAAGCCAAUUGUUGCCUUCAAGGUGACACGCAGCUUGGCAGCAAAAGCCUUUCAGACCUCCCUAUCUCUUUGUAGGGAGACAUUUUUCUCAGCCACUAUGGAGGAUCAUGUUGUUAGAAGAUAUCAAGAGCUAAUGAAAGAAAGUUCCAGGAUGCCAUUGUUUGAUUUAAGAAAGCUGAAUGCAUCUCUUCCAGUUCCUUCAGUGCCAAACUGCCCUUUUGAAAUUCUUGUGUUGGGUGCAAAGGAUGACUUCAUUGUGGAUGCUGAGGGACUCAAAGAAACAGCUAAGUUUUAUGGGGUGCCACCAGUAUGUGUUGAUGCAAUUGCCCAUGACAUGAUGUUGGAUGUUUCGUGGGAGAAAGGUGCAGAAGUAAUUUUUUCGUGGCUAAAUGGUUCAGAGAAGUAAGAAGCAAGAAAUAGCAGAGGAAGUUCAUUAUCUCAUUUUACUAAGAGUACAUGCAAUUAGUUGUCUUGCUUCAAAUAUUUACAAUUGAUGUAAUGUAGGUGUUCCAAGCUUCAAGGUAGGUAAUAAUGUUAGGUCCAAGUAGAUAUGUGAUUGAGUUGUAAUACAAUGAUUCUAAUAUCCUAUCUCCACCAUUCAUAUUAAUAUUUGC